UUUUGUUUUUUUUUUUUUUUUUCCUUUAUUUUUUUUUUUUUGUUUUUUUCAUUUCAAAAUGUCUGCAUCUGAACUGUCGCCCAAUCCAAGCAGCAGCAGUCCGCGCCGUCACGGUCGCUUUGCAGUUGCCUCGGCGUCGCUGGACGAUACAUCGGUGCCUGAGCAGCCGCUCGACGCUGCGGUGACUGCAGACCAGGCAGAAGCAGCAGAAGCAAGUGAACCAGCAGCGGCAUCAUUGGAGCGCGAUUCAAGUGCUGGUGCUGCGAAUCUUGCUCUGGCAGCCGAUAGCGACGCCGGAGAGCAGCUUCCGCUCCCUGUGUCUGCAGGCACAGCCAACAACGGCGGCGGCGGCGGCGAUGGCGGCGCUGGGUCUGACGAGGCGGGCGGCAGCAGCGAACCAGUACCAGUACCACCCGUCCAAGGCCAAGUCCAGGUCGGUGAGCUGGAACUGACUCCUGCACCCGAGCCCACUCCUGUUGCUGUCGUUGGAGAGCCGACUGCCGGUGAGCGUGCUAGUGCAGGCAACGCACCUGAUAGCGAUCGUGCUUUGGCAGCCAGCGACCAGGUCGAGUCCUCCACAACCAGCGCAACCGGCUCGUCCGUGGACGCCAACAGCCAGCGCCAGAAGCCAGCCACGCUGCGCCUGCCAGGCCGAGACCAAAGCAAUGCCGCGUCCGAGACCGUGGCGACUUCAAUGGCGUCGACCACCUCAGGCUCAGCUUCUGCUUCUGCAACGGUCGUCCCCAAGCUGGUCGUUGCCGAACGAGGCGGUGGCGAGCGUCAACCCAUCGCGCACACGCCUGGUGCACAGCUGCUGCUCGACUUGCUGCACGACGACGAGUACCUCUUCUACCUGGUCGAAUUCAUGGAACGCGAAGGCGCUCAGACGCUCCUCGCCUUCUGGCUCAUGGUCGAAUCCUUCCGGCAGUACUUUGUCGUCUGGUCGCCAACAGAGGCUCAGCUGCAACAAGAGCAACAACUAUUACAGCAGCAGCAGCAACAGCAACCAAAUCAGUCACAACUGGAACAUGCCAAUGAUGGCAAUCCUUCAUCCCUGACCUCUUCCCCUUCGUCCUCCUCUGCUCUGUCUGGCUCGGGCUCAUUGCCUUCUCGACCAGCUCGGCAAGCCUCGUCGACGACCGACCCCGUUCCGCCGUCGCCAAGGUCUGCGGCUGACAUUGGCCCACAGUCGGCUGCUGCAGCGGAGGCCGCCAAUCUCGACGUUGCGUUGAGCAUUUUCAACAAGCACAUUUCAGCGCGAGCAACACACCCGCUCCCGGGAAUGACGGAUGCGCUUCGGACCGAUAUCGAGGCGCGGAUUCAUUCCGAGCACGGCCCAGAUAUUGGCUGCUUUGAUGCCGCGCAGUCCCAUGUGCUGGUGCUCAUGGACCAGCAGUAUCUCGAAAAGAUGCGCUCCAUCGCGGUUUUCGCAACCCGUUUACAAUUCUACGGCUCGUCGCCGUCCGACACUGCGGUUGCCGCUCUGCGUGCUCCUACCAGCCGCAUUUCAGUAGGCCGCAACUCGAUGCUGCUCGUUGACGACUCCACAGGAAGCAUCAGCAUCAGCAGCAACAGCAACAGCAACAGCAACAGCAGUGUUGGCCAUUCACAUCCCGGCCAAAACGGUCACCCCAGUGCUACCCCUUCGCCCAUUCGCAGCCCAGCCCCCGAAAACAAAUCCCCGCUUCAUAAAUCACUGUCGUGGCGACUCAAAACCAACCCAUUCCAACAGUCUCCGCCCUCGCCAUCUCCGCAGUCACAGUCGCAGUCCCAGCUUCCUUCAGUCCACACACCCAACAAGAGCGUGGCGUCGACGAGCAGCAACUCCUUGCCAGCGGUGGUUGCCCCCGCGCCUGACGCUCCUGCUGCUGCUGCUGCUGCUGCUCCUAUUCCCACUGCUGGAGUUGCAGGAGGAUUGGUAGCCCAAGACCCCAACAAGCAGGAUGCCGCUGGUGCUGCUCGCGCAAAGCCCGGGUUGGAGACGGUGAAUGAACACCUGACUGAAGCACCGCUCGAACAGGACGCAGAUGCUGCCGACCACGACGCUUCUGCUGACACCAAUGCGGCGGCUCACCUUCAGCUGCAACAUGCACAGCAACAACACCAACAGUACCCGGAAACGCCCGCCAAGUUGGAUGUGCACAUGGCUCGUGGCGGCAUUCUUGGUAGCGCUGCACGCAUGUUUGGUAUGGUCGAUCGCAAGGUUGAGGAACAGAAGGCCGCGCAAAUUGCGCGUGCCAUCAUCCAAGACGUUGUGGCCGCGACGAGUGCCACCGCUCAACAGCUCUCGGCUUAUGAUCAGCCACUCGGCUCCCCUGGUGGGCCCAUUGCGCGGAUCAACUCUCGCCAGACAUCCCGGCCCGUGUCUGUCAUUCUCUUUGACGACCGCGAUGCGCUGUAGUUUUGCUCUUGCUUGUUGUUUUUUUGAGGUCGAAUCCUUUUUUGCCAUUAUUUUUUAUUUUCAUUUUUAAUUUCGUUGGCGCUGUGGGGUUUGAGGGUGUGAGAGAGGUUUCUCCUGCCCUUCUCCCCCUCCAUUCCUCCCUGUUUGUUACGGCGACUAUUCUGUCUUUUUGAGUUGUUUCUUGUUUUCUUGUAAAUCCUUGUGUGAUA